GUUUUGUAAAUAUUGUCCAAGAAAAAACAGAAAAUAUUGUUCACUUUCUUGUUUUAUUGCUUUUUGUGAAAAACGAUUAAAGCAUUGCUUUAAACAAGUACGUAGUUAUAAGGUUCGUGCACUGAAAUUAAUGCAAUUUAUCGAACGAAACUCAAAAAUGAUAAACGAGUUAGAGAACGAAAAUUACGUGAUUCAAAUCCGUGCCAAACUAAACCAGCAAAAGGUAAAGCUUUGGGAACCUCCAUACUACAAUCCUACCACUGAUGAAUAUGACAAUGCAGAACUGGAGAGAUUGGCAAUUUCUUUUCACGAGCAGCUGAAAAUAUCGUUCAAGGACUGCCUGAGUUCUAUUCAAACUCUUCAAAUGAAUGCAUUGGAUAAACUGAGGUGCAAAGAUGAAUUUAUCAAGACGGGUGUCGCCACGAUAAGAUGCCGGGCACCUACACAAGCCGCUGAAAAUCGACAUUUUGUCGUAAAGAUUAAAACCUCUUGUCGUGGCCAAGAACUGGUUCAUAUAGUGGCCGAAAAGCUAGGGGUGGAUAUAUCGAGGAUAAAACUGGUUUGUGCUGGCAAGGUUUUGGUCAAUCACCGGCCAUUGUUCGAACAGAACGUGACGAAUGGUGUUGCUGUGAUGGUGUUGAUAAUGCUGCACAGUGUUGAAACAAUACAGCAUGAAAGUAACACAUUUGAUCGGGUGCACAAGAUUCGGGCCGAUGCGGAGUUGAUCAUAAACGAUAACGAGCGAUCUGAUUUUUUUAGUCUAGAGGAUCAGGAUGGAAAUGCUCUCCAUUUACCUUCACUUGAGAGAAAGGCACUGUUAAUGGCACUAACACUUUAUGAAAAGGGAAAAGUUGCUUUGAGGAAGGAGAACUACGAAGAAGCUUUGCUACUCUUUCUUGAGGCAGACAGCGACUUUCAUACCUGCAAUUCUCAAUUGCUAACUGUGGUUGACAAUUAUGCAUUGCUUAACAUGGAUAUUGUUUGGUGUUAUUUGUGUUUAAAGAACAUAAGUCAACUGCCGGACGCGGAACAGCGUUUGCGACUUUGUGAGGAAAAGUUUCGCGAAAGCUACGGAGUUAACAUGCACAGAGUUACAGCCCUAAAAGGCACUCAACAUUGUGGCGAGAAAGCGCUUCUGUUGAGACUUCAUCUACUGAAAGCGGUACUAUAUUUUCACCAAAACAGGCGCGAAGAUGCUAUUACUAUGUUCGAGGUGGUAGAAUCGGAACUUCAAUCGUUGAAAGUUGAUGAUGCUUGUCUAACAACUUUGUUGGAUUGUGGAUUCGAAAUAUCCGAAUCAAGAAUAGCACUUCGAGCUUCUGCGAACAAUGUGGAUGCAGCAAUUGAAUUCAUAAAUAAUCGUAGGCAGAUAGUUGAAGCUAAUGAGAAAAAAUCAAAACGAGAGAAAAACCUGUAUAAGAAGAUCGGUUAUCAAAAUGCAGACGAGAACCGUAUUGAUGUUGAUCAAGUUGACCAACUUGUAGAAAUGGGUUAUUCAGAAACGCUAGCCGCAAUUGCUUUAAAAAGGACACGGAACAAUAUGUUCAAUGCGUUAAAUGAGUUACAGUAUAAGCACGAUGACUUAAAACGUGAGUUGAUGAGCUCCAUUAAACCAUGUAAGGAAUUAAUUAACAAACUUGUCGAUUUGGGCUACCACGAGGAAGCUGCCCAAGCUGCUUUAAAACAAACGUACAAUAAUUUCGAGGAAGCAGUGGAAUUUCUAAUAACAGCCCGUCAGAACAACGAAUAUGAUUCUUUGCUUACUACUGCUAUAAAUGAAUUGGUUAGUUCGUCAACUAACAUUUUAGAAACAACCACAAGUACUAGCAUUGAAGAUCGUGGCUCCAAUGUGCCAAACAAUGAAUUGGCCGGCCCGUCCCACAAGAGGGCUAAAAACGAUACCAACAGUGCCAAAAAACAGAUGAUGGAUAUUUUGUACAAAAGUUUUUCCAAAGACAUGGAUACAACCAACGAUACCUAUUUAGACCUGCCGUUAAUUGAAGAGGCUAAAGUUUUAGCAGAGUACAAAAAGUUACUAAACAUGCAAUAGUACCCAUAAGGGUAUAUUCUUAAAAAUUUUAUUUUAUAAGGAUAAUGAUACCAACUUUGUAUGAACAAAGAAGUCUUGUAGUGUA